AUUAUAAAGUCGAGAUUUCGACAAAAGAAAGUUCGGGAGUUUGACAGGAUAGUGCAGAAAUUAGAAAUCAUCCCUGGGUUUACGCAAUGUGAACGUGAUGAGUGUUCAGAUCAUCUGCUACCGUAGAUCUAAAGUCAGAGUCCUUAUCCUUAAGGCAUUCAUAUUGAAUUAUUAAACAUAAAAUAAUCUGUGCAUUUUUUACUUACUAGUUGAACGGGGAUAACAUAAUUGAGCACCUUCUUCUAUAAAUAGCCCUAAUCACCUCAGCAUCUAUCACAACCCAGAGAAACUAAAACAAUCUAAAACAUGGCUAAGACUCUCAAAUCUGUUCGGUUUAUCGAUCUCUUCUUCUUCAUCAUCCUCGUUGCAAACUUGGAGAUGACCCCAGGCGUAGAAGCAAAAGUCUGUAAGAGGUACAGUAAAACGUGGCGAGGGCCAUGCUUCAGCAUCAGCAACUGUAACAAGCAAUGCAAGAAGAAGGAGAAAGCUGUAUCUGGAUCUUGUCACGCCGAUGAUGUAGGAUGGGCUUGCUUCUGCUACGUCAACUGUUAAAUCAGAAUGGUCAUUUCCGUCGUUUUGCCAAUUUCAUAGUAUAAAAUAAAUCAAUCAAUUAGCUGACUGCAUGCAGUCCUGUUUCUGUAAACUGCCGAUGAAGAUUGCUUCAUCCAGUAGCUGAUAAUAAAGAAGGAGAUGAACAUAAUAAGUUUUGAA